CUGCCAUUUGCGCGGCGGCAUCGCCCCAACAAGUUGUGUCGUUGAUUUCAAACGUACCUAUUCCGACAUCCGAAGUUUUGAACUUUUCUCCAGCGGCCCAGAGUUGUAAAACUACUUUAUAACCUCAAAAAUAUGAGUGCGGUGCUUUUGUGAUUGAGUCGUUUAGUGUUUGUGCUGUGUGUAUUUUUUUGCAAUUGCAAUUUACCGUUUCAAUUGAACGUUACUGUUUUGUUGAGCGUAAUAAGUUCGCCUAACGAGAGAGGGCCGUAUAUGGUUGAUGCUUUGGUCUGACGAUCAUCGGCGAAAGUAGACCUUUUGGUUCAUAAGGACACGGCUGGCAACUAACUCGAAACAACGCGUUUCGCGUUCAGUUGCAAGAAGGCCGCGUCGGGGCCGCCGGUCGCUAUGGCUGCCGGCGUCACAACACACCCCUGAGUACAAGGGCAGUGCGGAUGUCGGGCGGAGGCGGCGCGGGGCUGAUGUCGUGCGUGCGCGAGGGCUCGCUGGAGCCACCCUACCGACCGCCGCACGCCGACACCAACACCCAUGGCGAAGGCCGCACGGGCCGGUUCCUGCGGGGGCUGCGGCGGAUGUUCAAGCGGCGCGGGCGCGUCGACAGUUCGCCGGACCCCAAGAGCAGCUCGACCAGCGAACUGCUGGACGCGGAACGGCAGGCUAGGAGGAAAGAGGGCGCUUACGGCAGCGGGCUGUCCGUAUCGCACGACUCCGUGUUCACGGGCGAGCGGUCGGGCGACGAGUCGAGCGACGAGCGGCAGGCGCCCGCGCACACGCUCGCGCAUGUGUCCACUUCGCACCGGGCGGAGCUAGUAGCGGCGGUGAGGCGGCGGGGGCGGGGGGACAGCGAUGAUGACGAGGACCUGGGGCUUCCGCGGAGCCCACCAGCUUCACCACCGACUGAUAAGGCUGAUAAGCGCCACCAUGCUGGCAUAUCGCAGUCGUCGUGCAGUGACGGCUCGCUGCUCAGCGUGGGCUCCUCCGAGAUGGACGAGGACAGCAGCAGCGGACACCACCACGACAGGAGUGACCACUCCGACGCAUAUAACACAUCGGAGCCGCCGCCGGGCGUGGCGCCGCUGUCGCACUCGGCCGCGCGCCACAAGAUGGCGGUGCGCCCGCGACGCACGCACGGCGCGCCACGACGGAAGAAGACCAGCCCCAUUGCCGCCUCAGCCUUGCCGAUAACACCCGAACUGAACGAAGAAAUGAUACGAAGCACUACUCCUGAAGUCACUCUCAAAAGCUCAGAAGUCGUUACUGAAUCAUUCUCUUCAUCGACAACUACGAAGCAUCAUAUGAUAGUUAAGGAGCAGCACCAACAACUGACGCGCGAACUGAACAAAGUUCUCGAAACUCCAAGCGAUACUAAACUCAAAUCCUCCUCGCUACCUCCCGGGCUAGCUCUCAGCCAGGUCAUGGGCCAAUCUCCUGCUAAACUCAGCAUAGCAGAGUCCAACACACCAAGAUCUUCCAUCAAGAGAAGCAAAUCCAGCACUCAAGAUCAACCACUCAGAGAGAGCUCACCGAAAAUACAAGCCGAAACCCAAGUCCAAUAUCAUUCAGAGGAGAGAGUCAACAAGUAUCGCACGGACAAAAAGUACGCCGAAGAAUCUUGCCUAGAGAAAAAGUCCAAGUCGGAGAAGAAAAUCGAGAACGAAGUCAUAAGAUCUUCGAAGAGAGAAGAAUCGUUUUUCAGUAGAUUGCUGUUGCGCAAGAGUGGCAAGAAAUCCAAGAAGGACCAGACGGAUGGAGACGGAGAGGUAAAGAAGACUAAAACUGACAAAGCGGGUCAGUACAAGAGUCCAGAAGAAAAAAGUUUCUAUACAGAACAAGCGCAGGGCUUCAAACCUGUACCCGCGGAACGGCCCCACAAAUCUGCAGGACAGAAAGCCUUCGCGAACCAAAUGCACAAGCGACUCGACAACAAAGGUGCCUACGUGCAAGACGGUGCUUACAAGGACGUAUACAGCGCUGCCAAAGUGCCCGGAGUCGAAUAUAACAUAACUGAUCUCAAAAUUGCCGAAGAAACCGACAAACUGUUGAACAUGGAAAUGAAGAAUCGAUUCAGUAGACGCGACGAGUUCUGUGAAAAGAUCGAAAAGACUAGAACGAGACAGUCGUCGAAGGAAAACGUCGAGGAGGGGAAACGGGAGUCGUUUAGUUUGCACCACGAUAAAUCCAAAAGGCCCGCUUCCGUGCAGCGGUUGAUAGAUCCUUUUUCGUCAAAAUCCUUUAUUUCAAACGAAAUAAUGUCUAGAUCGCAUGAGGAAACUCUGUCGCCGUCUAUAGAUAUGUCGGAUGAAGAGCCUCAAUCACGAGGAAUGCGUAUAAAGAACGUGCAAAGUGACUUUGUCUUCCACAGCGGCAGUAUGCCCAAAAACCUACCUUAUUUCAAUCCGAGCAUCACAAUAUCUAGCUCCCCACCCAAAGGGGCAGCUCACCACAGCUCUGAGAAUGUAAAACACAUGAGCAGAUCAUCAGAGCUCACUGAUUUCCGCGAAAAAGAGAUUUUCAAACGAGAAUCAUUCCAUUUGAACAAGAAUGAAGAGUCAUACGUCACAUCUGGGUUAAGAUCGUUGGGAGAUGAAUAUGUAGAGACGAGAAGCAGUAUUGGAAAGUCUCAUAGCUUCCGUUAUGCAUCUGAAUCCCCGUCUAUUAGCUCCCAAGAUACACAAAUGCCAAGCUUGCCAGCUAUCGUUGGCAUUUCUGAACCGUUGCUCGAAAGUUGGGAAGUGAAUUACAGACGGAAUGUCAGCGAAAGACACGACUUAUCUAAAAGAGUAUCCGCUAGAAACUAUAAUAUACUACACGGUAGUAGUGAAGCUAAUUACGAUAGUUUACCAAGCACUGACAGUAGCUACCUUGACAGCCUUAAACCUGAUGUAAAUAUAAACGAAGACGCGAAACUCUUCACAAACAGCAUUCACAUCGCAAUGGAUACUCAUAAACGUGAUAGUGAUAUUUCGCAAAUAGAGGCUAAAAUCGACGAUAUUAUUAGUUCCCCUAAACCUAACAUUAUUGCGCCAAUACUCAAAUCCAGCUCUUUAGAUAGUGUUAAAAGUAGUCCGGAGAAACCAAUGGAUGAUAGGAGAAAAACUGUAUCUGUUGAGAGUGCUUUGAGCCAAAGUGGAAAACAAUCUUCACAAAAAGAAAUCAAAAUUGACGCAGAAGGUUUCAUCUCCGUUACUCAUAUUAACAAGGAAUUAACGCCCGUUUCAGUUAAGAAUGUAGAAAUUCCGAAAAUCGUAAAAAGCGAUGAAAAAAUACAAAAAUGUGGCGUCAGUAAGACUGGUGUGCCAGAGUUUUUAAACAUUCAACUGAAUAGGGUCGACGCAAAACCUGUUUCAAAUGUGGUUCUAACUGCAAACGUAACCCCGAAGAAAGAACCUCAAACGGAUAAAGAGCAAGAAGUCGAAAGUUUCUUUCUCACAGAAACUAAAACAAAUAACAUCCCAACUAAACGAGACUCUAUAAAAAGCUUUGAAAACAUAAACACACAUUUUGAAGAAAAAAUGACAAGUUCAACUAAAUCCAUAGCAGCACCUGUAACUCCACAGAGCCCAAUGACACCAAAAAUGUUCUUCAAAAGAAAAUCAACAAGUGUAGAACACGAUAGACCUGAAAAACCGCGAGCAAAUUCAGUUGGCACAGACGGGAGCUCAGAGAAAAUAGACGACAACAUAUCAAUGGAUAGAAAAUCGCAUUCCAGCUUCGGCAGCAAAUCUUCAAUACAAAGCACUGACAGUAACGAAAAUAAAAUACCAGAUAGACACGAAGAAGCAGUUAUAUAUCGUAAAAAGACUGUACUAAAUAGAGAUUCGCGUUCCAGAAACGAUGAUGAGCCAGAAUUGAUGAAAGUAUUCGCUCGAAGAUCGCUGAAAUUAAAGGAUUCAGAAGUUGACACACUGACACAGGAAAUCGCGAAUAACAGCGACGCAAAUGGAAAUAAAAUAGAAGAUACAGCGACACGCAGUAAGAUACUAAAAAACGAGUUUAACGCGUCAAUAAAGUCGAGAGACAGUGAUAAGGAAAAUGAGGAAAAUAAAGAAGAGAGUAUAGAAAACAAAUUGGUUGAUAUUGCAGCGCGAGUCAGUCAGUUCGGAGUGCCGCAUUACCAGCGGAGUGUCAGCAUUCACAGCGUAUCAACCAAACGGGACAGCACCCCAACAUUCCGAAGCGAAGUCAACAAAUACAAAAAAGAAGUAUCAGAUUCGACACCAGAAAAAAGACUAAGAAACCGAACAUUUCCUGACCCUUCCAAUGAUCGAGAAGAAAUCAAAAACAUAACGAAAAGCGAAUCUUACAAAGCAGAUACGUUAACAAAAAGGCCGUGGCAGAAGAAAGAUGAAUUCAGACUUUCGGUGGAAAAGGACAAACGUGAGAUAGACAGAGACGGAGAUAAGGAAAAGGAGGAGAGUGGGAAAGAGAGGGAAGAAGCAGAUGCGUCGCCGCAGUUUAAAGGGAUAUUGCAGAUGAGAGCCGAGUGGGAGAGACGAGCCAAACAGGGAAUGACCAAAUAAAAGGUGCUAAGUGUAAGGAUAUGAAGGAUACCUUGGUGUAUACAACCCUAGUUUAAAACAUAGUGAUAAUAAGCUUAGGCUUUUCAUUAUUCGCAAGUUAACGUUUUAUUAAUGAAAUAGAAGUCUACUAACGUUAAGACAUGUAUUUUUGAGUGUUAUUGCGAUCGAUAUAGCAUAGUUAUAUUUUAUUAAAAACAAUAAUAUGUAUUGAACAUUAUGAAUUGUGAAAUACAAAUUUUAUUCCUAUAGUU